AUGGUGAUGAUGAUUAGAGAUAGUUUGUCUACUGCAAACAGUCUUCAAAAAUUAUAUGCCAAUAAUAGAAAGAGAGCUUUAGAGUUUAAGCAAGUAGGAAAUGUUGACUACAAAUCGCAGUUAUCUAAAGAUUUGGCUUCUGUUCAUCCACUGUUUUACCUUUCAAUGUUUAAGAAGUUUCUAGGUGAUCUAACAUCCAUCCUUCUUGUUGAGGGGUUAGGAGUUGAUGAGAUUCUAUCUUAUGCAAAGGUUCCAAUUGAAAUUUUAGAUCCUCAAGUGAAGCGACUGAGGAACAAAGAUAUUAUCGUGAAAGUUCUCUGGCGGAACCACCUUGUUGAGGGUGCAACGUGUGUGGCCGAGGCUGACAUGCGAUCUCGUUAUCCUCAUUUGUUCAGUUCAUAA